AUGACCCGAAUAGGGGAUUUCCCAGGGGCUCCUAGAGCGCAAGUUCGUCAGAACCCCUCACCUCCGCCUCGACCGGACACCCCGGUCCGACAACAGGAGAUGGCAGACGAAACGGUCGAACAAGAAUACCAAGAGUUCAAAAAAAUUCAUAGGGUGGCUCGAAGACCUCCCGUGGUUUCAGUUGAUAUGAACCAGGAUCCCGACCAUGUGGUCAGGAAGAUUCGACAAGAGACAGCGGUUGGGGAGCAAAACCUAGAGGCUAUUGUCGAGCGGAUCAUAGUGCAAAAUGAAAUAAGUCCAGGCCUACUAAGGCCAAAAUACUCUUCGCCUUUACCAGAUUUUAUUUUACAAAUAGAAUUUCCUAAGGGGUGGAAAGUUCCAAAAUUCACCAAGUUCGCCGGAGAUACCAAAGAAUAUAUCGUCGAACAUGUUGCCAGAUAUCAAAUUGAAGCUGGAGACAUAGCGAAUAAUGAGGAUUUGAAGUUGAAAUACUUUCCAAGUUCUCUUACCAAAAAUGUGUUUGCAUGGUUUACGACGCUGCCUCCAUAA